AUGUCCUCACGAAGCCAGCGGUUAUCCGACUUCGGAAUAUCAACAGAAACCGAUCACUUUGAUUGGGAUACUGAAGAAGGAAACAACAUGGAUCUCGACGAGGCGAACUCUGAGACGUGCAGCGCGUGCCUUUUGCCUAUCUUCUUGACUCCCUUCACUCGAGAUCCCAACAACAACCGUGUCGUGAUGCACGAUGAAUGCUCGGGCGAGGAUUCUUUCCCCCAAAAAUUGAGGGGACACGCGCUUCACCCAAAGGGGGACCUCAUCUUGUACCGCCAACACCCAUCCAUACCACUCGAUGCUCGACUUUCAUGCAGAAGAUGUGGGUCGACGUGCGGGACUAUUUUCUAUAAAUGUCCCGAUGAUUCUAGCUGCAACUUCACGCUCGACCUCAAGUGCGCCUGCCCGGUAAGGGUCCUACACAGGAGCCACAGGCACAGGCUGACGGUCAAAAGGAGGAGGGGUCGCUCCUUCAUUUGCUAUGCGUGUGGGUGUCUGCACGAACGUCCCACGAGUGACGAGUGGGUUUUGUGCUACGAGUGUGCCGACUGUGAUUUCCAAAUCCACGGAGACUGUGCCGUUUUGCCCAAUGCCAUUGUCCUCCAACAUCACCACCAUCCCCUUCUGCUACAAUAUUAUUCCAAGGGAUAUGUUUCGCCAUAUCCAUGUAACAUUUGCGAUAGGAGUAUGUUUGAAAGGUACUAUGAACGUGAACGUGAGAGCUAUGAAUGUGGGUACUAUGCAUGUGUCGCGUGCUGGUUUUCAACUCACAUCAACUGUGCUAUUAAACCAUUUCAACACAAGCCAGUCCAAAAUGACAUUCCGAUGCUAAUUUUCUCCGGAAUAGCUGAUGUGGCGCUCAGUCAGAUGUAA